AUGGCUGAUAACUCGCCUGAGAAGCCCGACGCCGCCGCGCCCGUUGUCGGCAGCGAGGACGUGCCUGAUUCUGGAGCCAAGGUCGCUGGCGAGGGCGAAUUGGCCGCCAAGGCUGCGGACAAGUCAGAGGCAGAUGCAGUCAUGGAAGAGGCAAAGGACGCCGAAGGUAAGCUCCCGCCACGCGCUUCUUGCAGCUGGUUUCGCGCAUUUUCCUAG